AUGAUACGCGUGCGACCCGCGCUGCGGCGAGAGACGCGCGAGGGGCGAGGGGCGUAUCAACGCGCGGUGGCGGCGACGCGCGGCGGGAAGGCGUGCGCGGCGAGCGCGGGCGGCGAGCGAGCGCUCGCGGGGAACGGGGAGGGAGGGACGUUCGCGGAUGACGGCGCGCACGAACGACAGAGGACGUAUGAGUUUGGAUUCGACGCGGUGUACGACGAGAGGGCGACGCAGGAGGAGGUGUACGCGAGAAGCGCGAAGCCGGCGACGCUGAACGCGCUGCGAGGAUACAACGCCACGGUGUUGGCGUACGGACAGACGGGGACGGGGAAGACGUACACGAUGGAGGGUGAUCGAGGAACGAUGUUGGCGUAUGGACAACAGCGGUUUGGGUUGCCGGGGAACGCGCCGGUGACGGAUGGGCGCGAAAGGGGGAUCAUUCCGCGCGCGAUUGAGGACAUCUUCGAUUACAUCGCCAAGGACUCGCACGCGCGGUCAAAGUAUCUCGUGCGCGUGAGUUACUUGCAGAUUUACAACGAGACGGUGAGCGAUUUGUUGAAACCCGAGAGAACGAAUUUGAACAUUCGCGAGGACAAGAAGCGCGGCGUGUUCGUGGAAGGUCAAUCGGAAUGGGUCGUGCGGACGCCGAGUGAAAUUUACGGUUUGCUCGAGCGCGGGGCGCAACUUCGAGCGACGGGGUCGACGAAGAUGAACGAGCUCUCGUCGCGAUCGCACGCCGUAUUCACCAUCAUCAUAGAACACAGCACGACCGAGGAUGACGAACCUGUGGACGGUGUGGACGUGGGUGAGGGCGCUCCGGCGCAGCGACAGAGCAUCACCGUCGGUAAACUUAACUUGGUUGAUUUGGCGGGAUCUGAGCGCGUGUCGUUAACCGGGGCCACGGGAAAACGGCUGGACGAGAGUAAAAAGAUUAAUCAAAGCCUGAGCGCGCUCGGCAACGUCAUCAGCGCCUUGACGGAUAGCAAAGGUCGAUCGCACAUUCCGUAUCGUGAUUCCAAAUUGACGCGCAUUUUGGAAGAUUCACUCGGCGGUAACUGCAUAACCACCGUCAUCGCCAUGGUUUCGCCCGCGCUCGAAGCUUUCGCGGAGUCGCUGUCGACGUUGAAAUUCGCCAGUCGUGCGAAGGAGAUUAAGAAUACGGCGACGCUGAAUGAGGAUUUAGAUCAAAAGUCGCUGUUGCGCAAGUACGAGCGCGAGCUCAGGCAGUUGCGCACCGAGUUGGACACACGU